AUGUCUGUAUCUCACCAAGCUACAUACUCUGUUGGAGGAACAAGGAAAAAUACUAACAAUGUUUCUGUUCCAUCUGCGGCAAACCGAAAUUCCUUCAGCUCAGUCUCUGUCACUCGCUCCAGUGGUGGAGGUGCUGGCCAAGCUGGCUCUGGUGGCUUUGGUAGCAGAAGUCUUUAUUGCUUGGGAGGAAGUAGAAAAAUUUCCAUUCCUACAGGUUUACAAUCUCAGUUUGGAAAUGGCUUUGGAUUAGGCUCUGGAUUUGGCACUGGCCAAGGAUUCGGUGGUAGUUCUGGAUUUCCUGUAUGCCCACCAGGGGGGAUCCAACAAGUUACCAUUAAUCAGAGCCUUUUAGCUCCUCUCAAUCUGGAAAUUGACCCACAAAUUCAAAAAGUACGUACAGAAGAAAGGGAACAAAUCAAGACUCUGAACAACAAGUUUGCAUCCUUCAUUGAUAAGGUGAGAUUCCUAGAACAGCAGAACAAGGUUCUUGAAACAAAAUGGAAGCUUUUGCAAGAGCAAGGAGUAAAGACUGUGAAGAAUACCAUUGAACCCCUCUUUGAAGCCUAUAUUAACUCACUGCGGAGACAGCUGGACAGCCUAGUAAAUGAUAAGUCACGUCUGGAUGGAGAGUUGAAACAAAUGCAAGAUGCUGUAGAAGAAUUCAAAGCCAAGUAUGAAGAUGAAAUUCACAAGCGCACAGCUGCCGAGAAUGAAUUUGUGGUACUUAAAAAGGAUGUGGAUGUUGCCUACACAAACAAGGUGGAAUUAGAAUCCAAGGUGGCUGCUUUGACAGAUGAGAUCAACUUCCUGAGGGCCCUAUAUGAAGCGGAACUUGCCCAGGUACAGGGUCAUACCUCAGAUACUUCAGUUAUCUUGACCAUGGACAAUAACAGAGAUCUAGACCUAAACAGCAUCAUUGCUGAAGUCAAGGCACAGUAUGAAGAGAUCGCCAACAGAAGCCGUCAAGAAGCUGAGUCCCUGUACCAAACCAAAUAUGAGGAGCUCCAGGUCUCUGCUGGAAAACACGGAGAUGAUCUGAAAAACACAAAAACUGAAAUUGCUGAACUGAAUCGCUUGAUAAAUAGACUUCGCUCUGAAAUUGACAACGUGAAGAAACAGUGUGCCAAACUACAGACUUCAAUUGCUGAUGCUGAACAGCGUGGUGAGCUUGCACUAAAAGAUGCCAAGCAAAAGCUUACAGGACUAGAAGAUGCUCUGCAGAAGGCCAAGCAGGACAUGGCUCGCCAACUGAAAGACUACCAGGAGCUGAUGAAUGUCAAACUGGCUCUGGACAUUGAGAUUGCCACCUACAGGAAACUGUUGGAAGAAGGAGAGGAGAGCAGGUUGGCUGGAGAAGGUGUUGGCCCAGUGAGCAUAUCUUUUCUUCUGACAGCUGUAGUGAGCUCAGCCUAUGGUUCCAGCAGUGGAGCAGGCCACGGCUAUGGAGUUGGAGGUGGUUACGGAAGUAUUGGUGGUGGACAAGCCAUUGGUGGUGGAAACUUCAGUGCAAGCAACCUGAAACCAACUGGAUUUGGCAGUGGUGGCAAUAACUCAAGUUUGAAGAUAGUAUCAACAACUACCUCAGCCUCCCGAAAAAACUGA